AUGCCUCACUGGUUUUCUCUUGUCAUCGAUUCCUUCAAUAUAUACAUAAAGUUGGAAGAUGUCCAUGGAGCCCACAACUAUCACCCGCUUCCAGUGGUCUUAGCUCGUGGCGAGGGAUGUUAUGUUUGGGACGUCACAGGAAAGAGAUAUCUCGACUUCCUCUCCGCGUAUUCAGCCGUCAAUCAAGGCCAUUGCCAUCCUCGUAUCGUCGCUGCUCUCAUCCAGCAGGCUCAAAAGCUGGCUCUGACUAGUCGCGCUUUCCACAACGAGACACUCGCGUUGUUCACUAAGUUCAUAACUGACUUUUUCGGGUAUGAUAGAGUCCUCCCUAUGAACAGUGGCGUUGAAGCCGGAGAGACUGCGUGCAAGCUAAUCAGAAGAUGGAGUAUCAGCUGUAAUUAUUCAGGACGUACCUUGGCGGCUUGCAGUGCCUCGACUGAUCCUGAUUGUUUCAAUAACUACGGACCAUUCAUUCCUGGAUUUGAAAUAGUACCGUAUAACGACGUCGAUUCUUUGAAGAAGCUGCUGGAAAGCAACCCGAAUAUUGCAGGUUUUUAUGUUGAACCUAUUCAAGGCGAGGCCGGCGUUAACGUCCCAGAUGACAUCUAUCUCCCUGCUGUGCGCGAGCUUUGUACGAAGCACAACGUGCUCCUGUGUUGUGAUGAGAUCCAGACUGGCCUUGCUCGCACUGGAAGAUUGCUGUGUUGCGACCACUGGGGUGUCCGUCCUGAUCUUGUGGUUCUGGGGAAGGCAUUGAGCGGGGGCAUGUACCCCGUAUCUGCCGUCUUAUCGAGUGACGAGAUUAUGCUCACUAUCAAGCCGGGACAGCACGGAUCAACUUACGGUGGUAAUCCGAUCGCUUGUCGUGUUGCAAUGGAGGCUCUUUCUGUUAUCAAGGACGAAGGUUUGGUUGAGAGAGCGGAUCGUUUAGGCAAAGUGUUCCGUGGUAAGCUCGAGGAAGGCAUCGGACACAUGAGCUGGGUUAAACAAAUUCGAGGUAAAGGGUUACUCAAUGCUGUUGUAUGUGAUGACACUUUUCGCGACAAGGUUAAGGCUUGGGAUGUCUGUCUGGCCCUCCGCGAUGCUGGUCUCCUCGCCAAGCAAACCCAUGAUAAUAUCAUAAGAUUCGCGCCGCCCUUGGUCAUCCCUGAGGACUCUUUGAGGCAGGCGUGCGAGAUCAUUAUUGAAGUGUUCAAGAGUUUUGAUGCUAAAGUUGUUGGAGCGUAG